GGUGAAUUUUUACCUAUGCCGGAUACGGCGAUUAGGUGGAUAUUUCUAGCAGCUUCGACCAAUCGCCCAGAACAUUCGACCAAUUACACGAUUCGCCUCGCACCUUCAGCCUUACAUCAUGCCUCGCAUUCGAACGGCAUAAGCAAUCCACAGCCUCAAAAGAUGCAUAUAUAUUCUCCCACCGUCGAGUCUCACGCUUAUCAGUACAAUCAUCAAAACAAUCAUCAAGCGAACAUAUAACUCAACUCAACAUAAAAAGCCACCAAGCUAUCACACCUACAACGACCACGCAAACAACCACGCACCGCAUGAGCCAAACCACGCACAACACAAACCAUCCAACAAUGGCCGACACAAACUUCACCGCACCAUACGAACGUACUCCCACCCCACCACCCAAACGCAGAAAAACAGUCGGCCAGUGCCCAACCUGCGCUGCGUCUUUCUCCUCACGCCACGAACUACGCGCCCACAUGGCGGAUCCGGCACUCCACGCGCCCGCUGAAGACUCAGAUGCUGUGUCUUUCGGGGAACUGAGUGAGGGCUGGGGGAGUGGAGAUGAGUUUUCUUCCGACAGGUCAUUUCACGACAAGUCAUCGUAUGAGCACACGACCAAGGCCUCGGGCAUUGUACCCGAGCCGACGCUAGAAGGGGACGGGUUUGAGUUUGCGACUGCCGACGAGUCCACGUUCUCAAGCACUGGAUUUGGGGAGCCGACACUGCACAGCGACGGCUUCGAGUUUGCGCCCGCUGAGGAGUUCGCAAACGCAGAACCACCAUCGCCUGACGUCCCCGCUGAGCACGCUGAGCAGGCCAGCAGCCCCACGGUCUCCGACGAUACACAGCCCACACCCAUUGAAACACCACCCUCUAGACCUCACGUGCCGAAGGGCGGCGCAUUGGGUGUCCUGUAUUGCGGGACGUGUGACAAAGGGUUUGGAAAUGAGAAGGUGUUUAGAAGGCAUUUCAUGUUUGGAGCCAAGCAUGCGGUGGAACCGGAGGAUGUAAGGGAUCUGUAUUGGAGGAUUUGGGGGCAGUCGUGGGGGGAGGAGGUACGGGAGAAGGAAGGUCAGGUGAAGGUGGAGGAGGUAGAGGUGGUGGACGUGGAUGCUAUGGAUAUGUAAAGGGAGGAGAGUUACGAGUUACGAGUUAUGAUACCCAUGAAGUGUUUAAUACAUGAAAUUUACAUUUACUAUAUCUUCGCAGUACUAUAAAUACUCACCAACUGUUCAUAUCAUGUUCACAACUUCGCAAACACUG